CCAAAAAUAUUUAUAAAUACACAUACAUUCAGACACAAUACACAAUUAAUUAUGCCAUUUGGACAGAUUGUUAUUGGACCACCAGGGUCGGGAAAGACCACGUACUGCAACGGAAUGCAUCACACUUGGACGCAAAACGGUUGUGUCAACCUAGAUCCUGCCAACGACUGCAUGACUUACGAAUCUCAUACGCUCGACGACGCGAUGGAGGCGUACCAGCUGGGGCCCAACGGCGGCAUGAACAUACAAUGGCUGGUGGACCAGCUGGCCUCCCACCCGGACUGCUACUUUAUCUUUGACUGUCCCGGCCAGGUCGAGCUGUACACGCACAACCAGGCAAUAAAGAACAUUGUACGGCGACUGGAGAAGCAUGACUUCCGCCUGGCCUGUGUGCACUUGGCCGCGCGGUUCAUCUCUGUCCUAAUGCUCUCCCUGACCACCAUGACAAUGCUCGAGAUGCCACACAUCAAUGUGCUGUCCAAAAUAGACCUUUUGGAGCAAAUGGGCGAGCUCGACUUCAACCUCGAGUAUUACACCAGCGUUAUGGACCUGAGCUACCUUUUGUUUCACCUGAAUGAGCGCGAGACCAGUGCGCGGUUCUCUAGCUUGAACCAGGUUAUCUGUGAGCUCAUUGAAGAUUAUAGCUUGGUUGGGUUUAGCACUUUGUGCAUUAACGACAAGCACUCGGUGGCCGCUUUGCUGAAGGAAAUUGACAAGGCGAACGGAUACAUUUUUGGCGCGUUGACUGAGGGCAACGAGAGCAUUCUUAUGGCUGCCGACUCGACGGACUUGCUGCUGGAGGCGCGGGACGCUCAGGCGCGAUACAGUGCAAUGAGGUUGGCGUCGGCGGGUGAUGAUGAUGAUGCUUUGGAGCGACCAGCUGGGCUGCUCUCCUUAGUUGAUAAUCUGUCUAUCGUCGAACACCAAACUGAGCAACAAUAGAGAAAAGUUUAAAAAUAAAAU